GAAGGAAAAUAGAGAAGAAAUCGCAGUAGACAAAACAUUCAUACAUAGUAAUAUCAAAUCAUUGCACAGCAUUCAAAAUUGUAGUUUAUUAACAAUAUACAAGUGAGCAAGAUUUUCCUAUCGCUCGGCUAACAGUGUGAAAAGCAACGCGCAACAGAAUUGGCAAGUAACAGAGAAAAGAAAAAACGGACCGACGGACGGCAGCUAAAAACAAAGCGAGCGUCGUCUCCGCCUCUCCUACAACAUCAGAAAUAAAAGCGAGACGUCCCCAAUCCCCAAUUUGGUUUGGGAGAAAUCCAAGUGGAUUUAAUGCAUGCCUGCUUCUGUGCUUCUGUUGGAAUGUUUCGUGUGAUGCCUCUUUAAAAUCUAUACGUGCGGGUAACCCGCUAUUUAAAGGUCACACAGUAACAACGACACGUAACGGCUCAAGGUUCAAGGACGCGGUAGUGUCGCGUUUAAAGAGUCGAAGGCCUCAAGGCGGCCGGAAACCCCGCGCAAAACCAAAAAUCAAGUGCGGGCGCUGCGCGAACCGCCGUAUAAGUCGCAGCAGGUACACAUAUUUUAAAGCAAACCCUUACACAGCUCUUCAAACAGUGAAAGCAGAGGCCAUCGCUAUGGCUGUUAAGCAAAACAACGCGGAGGCAAACGAUGCUCAAGCCACAGGGAGCAGCAAUGCUGGUCAAGGAUCAGGUAGCCAACCUAACGUUAAGCCAUCAAUCAACACCUCGAAUGUCUCGGAUGAAGGCGGUGGUGGGCAGGAGCAAGCAGACGCAGCAGGCCUUGGCAACAAUUCGGAGGCGGGUGGUGACCAAGUCGAUAGCCAGAUGACAAGCGCGACAGCGAAUGGGGGGAUUAAGCAUGACAUACAGGAUCUGCUGGGCAUCAUCCAGACCAUUGAGCAGCAUGAUCAGCCUCAAUCGUUUGGCUCUCCGGGAAUGUUACGGGUCUAUGAACACGUUAUCUGCAGCCUGUCGCGUACUGAGGUGCGCAAUACGGCCGAAGACCUCAAGCGCUUUAAGGAGGACAUUGCCAAAGUAGGCGCUUUUCUGGCGAAGCCAAAUGAGAAGCGUUAUCUUAUUUUUUACCUACGCAUUGUCUAUGAAUUGAUUACGCAAGCAUCCUUUGAGCCGCCCACUUGUGCCGUGGCAAUUGUGUUUCAACUGUUCAAUCCAAACUCCAUCAUCGAGGCUGUGCAAUCGCUGCUUGAGCAGAACGUGCUGGACUCUAGCAUCCGCAAGACGGUCAACUUGUUGUGCGAGUGGGUACGCGUCUGCAAUUUCUGCCAAAAUCUGAAUCUUUGGGUCAUGGCGCUGCUGACCGGACUGCGGGAACAAGAGAAGUACCUCCUGCUAGACAAUAUAGCGCUGGAUAACAUCGAGAAGCUCUUCAUGCUAAUGAUAUUGCCCGCGUUACGUCCGAAGGUGGCGCCUAUUGUAUUCCACAUGCUGUCGACAAUCUAUCAAACGCCUGAGAUAUUCCACAAGAUAUUGCCAAAGAUACCCGGCGUUAUACGCUACUUAAAGCAGCAGUCCAACAGCAUGGACGAAUUUGGCAAUGAGUCACGCGCCUAUAUGCAGAAGUUGGUCGAUCUGACAAAUGCGCUCAUGUUACGCUUCAACGACAACGACGAUCUUUACGCACCAGUCAAGGCGGCUCUGCACAUGUACGAGCCAUCCUAUAACUAUGUGGCGCUUGCCCGCGCCAUGCACGAGAAUGCCCUGCCAGUGGGCCGACGCAAUGCCCGAGUGGGCCUUGUGAACCUUGGCAAUACGUGCUACAUGAACAGCGUUCUUCAGGUUCUGGCCAUGACCAACGACUUCAGCCGUCAAAUUCUUCUCAUCGAGAGCACCUCACCGCUGUUGCUUAAAGUACAGCAACAAAUUGCGCUGAUGCACCACUCGAUGCGAUACGAGCUGACACCAUCGCGCGUCCUUAGUGCAACACGUCCGCCUGGCUUCACGCCGGGCCUGCAGCAGGACAGUUCUGAGUUCCUAGGCUACCUUCUGGAUCUAUUGCAUGAGCACGAGAUUAACAAUCAGCACCACAAGCGCAAUGGUGCCGCCCAGCAAUUGGAGAGUGGGGAUGCGUCCCAGGCGGAGCCAGUGACGCAGACAGGCCCCAUUUUGGAUGAUGAGAUUGCUGCAUCUGGUGUCAUACCGUACAAUAGCAUGGAUAGUGAGAUCAGUGCUGCUCACAGCAACAAAAACAGCGGAAACUCUAACAAUACCAACAACAGCUCCUCAGCCACCACCACGUGCAGCGGCAGUAGUGUAGUUGGCGGGGGUAGCAAGGUGAACAACGCACUUACACCCACCAAAGGUACAACAAAUCACAACGAUAAAGAGCUGGUGCCUAAGAAACCGCCGUCGACAAUUGAUAAAACGUUCACAGGAAAACUAGCCACCACCUACAGAUGUUUAAAGUGCUCCUGGAAGAGUUGCAACGAAGACAGCUUUCGUGAGCUGCAGCUGUCCUUUCCGGACGACAAGGAAGACUGCGGAGCAACCAACUACUCGGUACAGGAUCUAAUCGAGUACUACUGCUCACCAGAGAAGAUGGAUGGGGAAAAUAAAUAUUACUGUCCGCGCUGCCAGAGCCUUUGCGAUGCCGAGCGACGCAUAGGGGUAACCCAAGCACCUCGCAAUCUUAUUUUAACGCUCAAGCAAUUUAAGUACGAUCAGAAAUAUCAUUUUCGUACUAAGCUUAUGCACAAGGUAUUCCACGACGAAAGUGUGACCGUCAAAGUGUGUGCCAAUGAUACACUCCAGGAGCUAUCCACCGUGCACUAUGAUCUGUAUGCGGGUGUUGUGCACUCGGGCUUUAGCAUGGACUCUGGUCACUAUUUCACCUUCGCUGCUGAUCAAUCAAAGAACUGGUACAAGUUCAACGACAGUUUGGUGACCAUAUCCCAGCCUGAAGAGAUGCACAACCUGACGUCGCCGAACACGCCGUAUAUUCUUUUUUACCAGAUGUGUGGGCGCUCGAAUGAGAUGUCCACGACAGGCUCGGCCCACACAAUGGUAACGGUACAAAUGCCGCAGCCGCUUACACUGGAGGAGUUGCCGCGAACGUUACGAGACUUUGUGCAGCAGGACAAUCGUGUGUACACUGAGGAACUGAAGCUACAACGUUUUAAGCACAAUACAAAGCGCGGAAAUGAGCGCAACGGUUAUGACGAAGAUCACUCACCGCCCCCUUCAGGUGGUUGUGGUGGCAAUGGGUUAGGCAUUAAUGUGAACCGGUUUGUUUAUUGAGUGCUGCAUGGGACUAAGGAGCGACAGAGCAUACGAUGCAGGCCAGGAGUUUUGGAGGCGGGGAUGCAGUCAUGUUCCAACGAAACACCACGUAAAUCAAAUGACUAGAACGGAAGAAAAUCUCAGCUAAAUCCACAACUAUAUGUAUAAAUGUAUAUACAUAUAUAUUUAAUAUAUAGAUGUGUGAUUUACAUACAUAUAUAUAUGCGUGGAUAUAUGUAUAAAAGAAAACCAGACGCAUAUAUUUGUUAAGUAUAUGCAAUCAUAUUUAAUAUUCGAAUCAAUCCAAGAUAUAUAUGUAUAUAUCUUUAUAUAUAUAUAUAUUAUUAAUAUUGCUACAUAAAAAUUGUUAGUCAGAUGUAUCUGUGUAAAUGUGUUGCUAAAAACUAAAAUAUUUCCGUAAGAUUUGAGUGCACCAUGUUCCUUGGGAGUUGAGGUCCGCUUAUUAAUUUGUAUCACUCCAUGCGCUAUUGUUGUCAUGUUCCUUAAACACCCACAUAAACUACAAUUGUAUAUCAUUCUAAAACCUUGUUAUGAUUUUAAAAGCAUUGUUUUUGUUAACACAAAUUUAUCUACAUAUACCAUACAUAUAUAUACAUAUAGAGUUAUAUUAAACAUAUAAACUAAUGUAGAUCAUACUCUGUAACUACUACUAACCAUUCAACUUCCAAAUCUGGCCUCCAAGUGCUGUAACAACACCUACCACUGAACCUAAUGUAUUUACUUUAGUCAUUUUGGCAUUAGAAAAUAACUACGCACAACUCGAAUUUUAGUGGACGAGUUGCAAUUGUGUUUGUAAAUUCAAAUUAAAUCCAAUGGGAGAACAGACGAAAAAUACCUUGUUGGAAACAAAAUUAAUGUUUGUAUAAAAAUAGUUAGUGAAUGCUCCCUUUUCGAAGGUACAUGUUUUUUUAUUAUUAUUUUUUGUGUGUGAAUUUAUAAAAUUUACUAAACUCACGAAUUUUUAAUGAACUGGAGAAAUUACCGCAAGAGUUUAAAACAUGGCAUGUCGAGGAAGAGAUUUGAAUAUUAUUGCAAUUAAAUUGGAAUAAUUUCAA